AUGGACAUCGUCAAGACACUGGAAUCGUGGAAACCAAGCUCGACUGGCUCCUGGAGCAAAGUGCGUUGUUUAGCUCUAGGAUCUCCCAUUGAAGAGGAGCAGGCUAAUUAUCAGCUGGCAUUUCUGUGCGAAAUCAGUAGACAUUUGAAUAUUGAUACGGUGUCUGUGUACGAUCCUGCUUUCACAAAAGACGACAAGCGUUUCUUGUCUUCAGAGUGCGGAUUUCAGAUUGAAACGUCUUUUGAGCCACAUAAUAUGGACUGUGUCCUGUUUUUUGUUCCACAUGCGCCGAUUGACCUACUGGAAUCGCUUUUUUCCAUCAAACCCAAUUAUAUCUUGACUAAUGAUGUCUCCAUUUACACAAACAAGUUCACAGACAAGGAGUACUUCGACAAAUAUCCACUUUGUGCCACAGUGUGCAAUUCUAUUGGAACUAAGGUAGACGAUGGGUUUACGGUAGUCAAGAGAAGAAACAAACACACAAUCAGUCGCAACGAAAUUCCCCUUCCAAAAAUCGCAGUGCUCUGUCACAAGAUUAAUCCUUACUUUACACGCCCUUGGGCUCAUUCCUUUAGCGAUCUUUGUCUAUAUGCAUUCAACUCAUAA